ACUUUCCCUCGACGGUCGCAGCAGGAAGGCCCUUUACCGGUUGAUUUUGUUGUGGAUGACACUUUUCACCGUCCUUCAGCAGUAAAAUGUACUACAAGUUCAGCGGGUUUACCCAGAAACUGACGGGAUCUGCACCUACAGCCGCCUACAGCCCUCAGGGGCUGAGGCCAGGUGUGCCAGCAGAGUCCCCAACCAUGAUCUUUGCCACACCCACCAAGGUGGUGUCAGAGGCCGGGGCCACAGUGGAGUACAUGGGAGCAAACAGGGUUCCUGACCUCCAGAGGAUAUUCCAGACGUCAGACGGUAUCCCCAUUCAUUUGAAGCGUGGCGUUCCCGACAGGCUACUGUACCGCACCACCAUGGCUCUCACCGUAGGAGGUGCUCUCUACUGUCUGGUUGCUCUUUACAUCGCAGCCCAGCCCAAAAAAUAAGUGACCAACACAAGCCUGGGAUCUUUCUGUAACAUCUCUGACAUGUUGCCGCUGCAAUACAUCAACCCAACAUUCCCAGACUCCAUCUGCCCUCACCACGCCACCUCUCGGGACUCAUAGAUGAGGAUUAUUCGCCGCCAGAACAUCACAGCAACACUAUAACAAUAAUGUCUGUCUUCUUUAUAAGAAAAAAAAUCAAUAAAUUUUAAGGGUAAACAAAUAUAAAAGA